AUGAAGGCCUUCGUUACGGCCACACUUUUUGCCGCAGUCGUCAGCAUCUCUGCUCAGCAAACUGUCACGGUGGACUACUGGGAGCCAUGUCCGACCACCGAAAGUGUAGUGACGGUCACCAACGGGGUCACCGUAACUACAUGCCCCCAGUGCACGAGGGCAACAAGCAUGUCGACAAUGACCGCCACGCCACCCAUGCCAGUCUGGACCUCGAUUUACACGACAACAGUCACGGCGCUCUGCUCGACAGGUUAUACUGAUAGCGUGGUCACCAUCACUCAGACUUGCACUGGCGAGACGCCAAGCUGGCCUACUCCCACGAACGGACCUCCUCCAGGGAUGACCACAACCGUCACGGUCUGCACAGUCUGCGGACCAAAGCCGACCGCCGUUACGCCCACGGUACCCUGCGAGGAAACACCCAGCCCGAUGCCGCCGCAGCCGACCGCCCCCACGUGGCAGCAGUCGCCACCGUAUUCGUGCAGCACUUGUACAACCAAACCCAUGUGUCCGGGUCCGAAUUGCAUGAUUCCAUCCAGCGACAUCUAUCCAACCAUGAGUCCGACCAGGACUGGAGGCUCUACUACUACAGUCACGGCAUGCAAGUCGUGCAGCCAUAUGACCAGCUCCAUGAUCCCUGCCACCACCUCAUCUAUGUCCAUGUAUACAGGUGCUGCAGCUACGAACCGGGCCGCACUCGAGGUGUUGGGAGGUAUCGCCGCUGCUGUUGCUGUUCUGCUUUGA